AUGCCGCUCAUUAUCCUCACCGGGUACCCUUGCUCUGGUCUCACCUAUCGCGCAAACCAGCUCGCGUCCCUGCUCGAGAAGGCGCAAGAUGAGAUAUUCGCGGCCACUGAAACAGCGUCGCCUGUCUCGCUGAAGUCUCGAUUCAAGAUCCACGUCGUUCCUUCGCACGAUAACAGCUCAUACCCGCGUACCGUUUAUGAUCAUGCCCGAACGGAGAAGGAGGCCCGCGGUGUGGCGUAUGCCCGGGCGAAGCGCGUGAUGGCCAAGGAUAGCAUUGUUCAUGUCGGAACACCUACCGAUCAAUGCAUUGUGAACAACAACGCGCGCUUGAAACGCGAUGCAGCCCAGAAAAAUGAGACAUCUCCAGCUGAACAGCCAGCUUCUUCUACCGACGAUGUUUCCCAGACCGAAUCAACUGAUAGCGAACAAGCCUACGCCCCCGCGCUCCUCGACAAUCUCAUUUUCCGUUACGAAGAGCCCAGCACGCACAGCCGAUGGGACAAACCGCUCUUCACCGUCCCAUGGGACGAUCCUGAGCCCCCAGUGGCUGACAUUUUCCACGCCCUGACAGGCGUUGUUCUCCCAUCGGCUGAGGCACCGACUGUCACCCCAAUCUCGAACCUCACCUCAUCUCUCGCCUCGGCUAGCCUCUCCGAUGCAGCCAGCACGACGACUACUGCACGAACAUUUACCCGUAACACUACUGCCCGCCCACGAAUCAUCCCGCACCAAGCCACGGCGCAAGCUGUCGCAACGGACCCAGGUGCUCUUUAUGCAAUGGAGAAGCGUACUUCGGCCAUCGUGAAUGCGAUUCGCACCUUUGCGCAGGCCAAUCCUUCUGCUGAAAUGGCCCUCGCGCAGAGUCAGAACCCCCGAGGCAUCACCAUUGCGGUGCCCGAAUCAUCUAUCUCGGUUUUGAUUCCCGCGCACCUUGCUGCGACCGGAACGACUGAUGAGUUAGCCGGUGCCGGUGGAAUAUUGGCUGCGCCAAAAAUGCAGCGCAUGCGUAGACAAUGGAUCAGUUUGAACCGCAAGUACAUUGCUCACGGUCAUGGUGCUGGUCAAGGUGGUUUGACACCAGAUCAGAUUGGGGAUGCGUUUGUCCGGUUUUUGAAUAGCACCAUUGCAGGCGAAGACGAUUUGGAGGAGUAA